CGCUUGGGGAAACGUGAAAUCUUCCUGCGGGUUAUUCCAAAGGGAAUUGGGUUUACACCCCUGGGAGACAAACGGGAGGGGAUGCAGCGGUGCGGACUUGGCUUUACUUUGGGAGUGGCGGGUGGACCCAGGAAUGGGCACUGCCGCACAACUCCUGCUCUGGGGGACGGGGGCUGGUGGAGCCACCUUCCCUCUGUUGGAGCGGGCUCUUGAGGGAUGGCACUGCAUCCCCCGGGCCACCCCGACGGUGCUGGGGGGAGCCUGGGUGACCAAGCGCUUGGGGCAACAACAGGCACGGACGGGCCAGGAGGCCGGAGCGCUGCAGGUCUCCUUAUCAGCGCCCCAGGAUCGGGGCGUCGCCGCGCGUCGCCUUCAAAUCGGGCGCAGCCGCCUCUCCCGCCCCAGCCCGUCCUAUCCCAUCCCAGCCCAUCCUGUCCUGUCCCGUGCCGUCCCGUUCCGUCCUGUGCCGUGCCGUGCCGUGCCGUGCCGGCAGGAGAGCAGAGCCAUGCUGCACUGGGGAUACGACGAGCACAACGGUAGGGAACAGCGGCCGGGGCCGUCGGGGCGGCCAGCGGGGUCCCGCGGGCACUUCCCGCCCCUGGGCUCGGCAGCUCCCGCGCCCUCAGGAGAGCUGGGGCCUGCCCACUGGAAGGAGGUUUUUCCUGUCGCUAAUGGAGACCGUCAGUCACCCAUCGACAUCAAAACUGAGGAAACCAAGUAUGAUCCCUCCCUCCGUCCUCUAAAUCCCAGUUAUGAUCCAGCUUCUGCUAAAAUCAUCCUUAACAACGGGCACUCCACCAGUGUGGAGUUUGAUGACACCGUCAACAAAUCAGUGCUGACUGGGGGGCCACUCAGCGGGACCUACAGGCUGCGCCAGAUUCACUUCCACUGGGGAUCCAAUGAUGAAGCUGGCUCUGAGCACACGGUGGAUGGGAUGAAGUAUGCAGCAGAGCUUCAUGUGGUCCAUUGGAAUGCAGAGAAGUAUUCCAGUUUUGUUGAGGCAGCUUGUCAGUCAGAUGGACUAGCAGUCAUGGCUGUAUUUCUGAAGAUUGGUGAAUGUAACCCUCAGCUGAACAAGAUUACUGACCGCUUGGACACCAUCAGAAUCAAGGGAAAAAAAGCACUAUUCACAAACUUUGAUCCCAGCUGUCUGCUUCCCAAGUCUCUGGACUACUGGACUUACUUUGGCUCUCUCACUGUUCCACCACUUCUUGAGAGUGUCAUCUGGAUUGUUCUGAGAGAGCCCAUAAGUGUUUGUUCUGAGCAGCUGGCCAAAUUCCGCAGCCUCCUGAGCACUGCUGAGGAUGAGGCCGCCUGCUGCUUGCUGAGAAACUUCCGGCCUCCCCAGCCUCUGAGGGGACGAGAAGUCAGAAGGAAUUGAAGGAGUAAAUCCAGAGUAGGCUCCCUCUGAAAUCAAAGGCUGAAUUCAUUUUAAUAGUUAAUAUACUUUGUGAUGUUUUGAUUUUUUUGUUUUAACCAAUAGUUGUUAGUGGUUUCCAUGCAGUCAUUUCUUACAGGCAAGUAUGUCUGGAGUUAUCACAGGUUCGUUGAUGUUAACAGGUCUGACUGGGUUUGAGUGCAUUGGAAGCACUGAGCCAUCAGCAUUGCAGACACAAAGGUCACUGCUAAUCAUAAGGGUCAAAUGUGGGGAAGGAGUUGUCCAGAUUUUGCUACCAAAUCACUGAACAAGAUCUUUGGUAUUAUUGACAGUAUAGGAUGUUCUGGGAUUAGUCUUCUGGUCUCUAACAUAACAUUUAGCUUCUGCAUAAACCUCACAUUGCAUUUGUCAAGAAAAAAAUAUUUCAAGAAUGAUGUAAUUUCGUUGCUGAUUUUUGCAAUACCAUACUUACUUUUCUACAAAAAGCAGUAAUGACUAGCAGCAUUUAAGUAAAACAGAUAUUUAUAUGAUUCUGUUAUUCUGGCUGCUUCAUAGCAGUAAUCAUGUACUGAUUGAUAGUUUUUUUAAAGCAAAUAGUAAGGAUUUUGUAUAUUACAAGAUCAUGUCAGGUUGAUUAGGUAUUCCUGAAUUCCAAAAUGUCACAAGAUAAAAUUGUCCUGAAACCUGAAAACUGCAAGGUGGAAGGGCAUAGAGGGAGCUGUUUGUGCCUAAGUCCAGUUUAUUGCACUUGGUAAAGAAUAAGGGAUUAUUACACUAUAUCCAUGUAGCAUCAGACUUUUGCCACUUAAUAUCAAGAGGCAGGGGUAGCUGUUGUUCCAGACUGUUGCAUGCUGCGGUGUGAACCACGUGCUGCUUACCUCUGCUCUCACUGUGGAGCACAGUGCUGCCCAGGCAUAGAAUGUGUCAAGGUGCUGGCUGAUGUUCUGCUGUCAUAGGUGAACUUCAGUGGUUGCACUUAUAUUCCAAGACCAAAGAGAAUAGUUAGAGAGAGCCAAAGAAAUUGGAAUCAAGUCAACAUCUAAUAAAAAGCUCAGCCCUCAGUAGCAAUAUGUUGAAACAUCUGUCUUUAUGAGUUGACUUGAGCCAGUGUUUCUCUCAGGACCUUUUUUUAUCUCAAUAUGAUUGGGGUUUUUUACACCAAAUAUUUUUAUUAAUGAACAUGCCAUAGGAUAUAGCUUAGGAUAGAAUUAGAUUUACUCUUAAGCUGUGAGAACUAUAUAGUGAAAUCCAGUGAGUGAUACCUGAAAGAGGCAGCUAGAGGUUUUACUGGCAGGAACUAACACAGUAGUACUUCUGACAAAUUUGUCUUCCAUAACUGCUCUCCUUGAAUUAAUUUUUAAAUAGGUUUUAUAUGCUCUGCCUUUUACCUCAGUAGGUCAUUUGAUCUUAGAUGAACAAACAUAAGGGAAAUCAAUCGGGAUUGACUUUUUAGAACAAUAAAUGCUGUUUUAGAACAAUAAAUUAGACAUAGAGAUAUAGAUAUUUUAUCUUAAUUUAGGAUAUGUAGAAUUCCUUGUUUUCUCCUCCCCAGAAUAUAGCUGUUAUAUUCUGGAAGGCCUCCCAAUGCCUUUUGAAUACUUUCUGAAGAAAAGAACACAGAUCAUUGGAGAAAAAAAAAGCCAUUUAGCAGCACUAAAAGGAAAAGUGAGAGAGUGUUGUAUGUUUUCACUGUCUUUUUUAGACUUAGGAUUGGAUCUCAUAUGUUUCCCUGUUAUGUGAGUAGCUACAGAAUGUGUAAAAAAUGUUUACAAAUUGCAGGAAGGAUACAAAGGAUUUGUUGGUCUCAGAAGAGGAAGGAAUAAGGCUACUGCUUCAUAUUGUAAACAGAAGUUUUACAUAUUUCUUACAUAUUGUAAACAGUAGAGUUGACUCAAUUCUUUUAUAUUUAUAAGGAUUUUAUCAAAAUAAAAUAUAGAUUUUAUGAAUGUG